CCUCACAUGCUCUCCCUUAUGGAUAAAUCUGUCCAUCUAUCUGCCGCCCCGACUGGGAAAACGGAGAAGUCUGCUGCUUGCCAGGAGCUAAGAUUCGCAAUGUGACGGAGAGACUGCCGAGACACAUCAAGCCCUCAGAUCGCUACCCCUUCCUGCUUCUCCACGUGGGCACCAAUGAUACUGCCAAGAAUGACCUUGAGCGGAUCACUGCAGACUACGUGGCUCUGGGAAGAAGGAUAAAGGAGUUUGAGGCGCAAGUGGUGUUCUCGCCAUCCUCCCCGUGGAAGAAAAAGGCCUGGAUAGAGACCGUCGAAUCGUGGAAGUCAACGAAUGGCUACGCAGGUGGUGUCGGAGAGAAGGCUUUGGAUUCUUUGACCACGGGAUGAUUUUCCAAGGAGGAGGAGUGCUAGGCAGAGACGGGCUCCACCUAACGAAGAGAGGGAAGAGCAUCUUCGCAAGCAGGCUGGCUAACCUAGUGAGGAGGGCUUUAAACUAGGUUCACCGGGGGAAGGAGACCAAAGCCCUGAGGCUACAGAAUAGCGUCCACGUUUUGCUCCAGAUCAUCCCAUCCUCCCGGGGGAAGGAAAUGGCUGCAAUGGAGCUGGCUCAGGGGCCGGUGACUUUCGAGGAAGUGGCUGUGUAUUUCACCAGAGAAGAGGGGGCUCUGCUGGACCCCACUCAGAGAGCCCUCUACAGGGAUGUCAUGCAGGAGAACUAUGAAACGGUGUUAUUGCUGGGGUUUCCAGUUUCCAAGCCUGAUGUGAUCUCGCAGCUGGAACGAGGGGAAGAGCCGUGGGUCCCAGGCCCCCACUGCUCUGAGAAAGAAGUGCUCCCAAGAGCUGCCUGCACAGGGAGUGACCUAUGUCUGGAUUCUCUCUGUCUCCCAUCAGCUGUUGGAAUGGUGAGUGAGAAUAAGGAGAAUCCCCAGAAGGAAGAUGCUGAGCAAGUAGAACCAUAUGGGACGUUAUCAGGAAGAUCCAAAGGGAAUGAUUCCGGGAGUUGUGCACUCCCAGCAAAAGCCUGUGAGACUCAGCAGAUGCCAGAGGAAAACUUCAGUAGCCACUCAGACCUUAUUACACACGGGAGAAUCAAUUUGGAAGAGGCAUGCUACAUAUGUCAUGAAUGUGGGAAAACCUUCAAUGGAAGCUCAGACUUUUUCACACAUCAGGGAAUCCACAGAGGAGAGAGACGCUACAUGUGCUCUGAGUGUGGGAAACGCUUCAAUCGGAGCUCACACCUUAUCACACAUCAGACAAUCCACACGGGUGAGAAACCUUAUGGAUGCUCUGAUUGUGGGAAACGCUUCAAUCGGAGCUCAUACCUUAUCAUACAUCGGAGAAUCCAUACGGGUGAGAAACCUUAUGGAUGCUGUGAGUGUGGAAAACGCUUCAGUUGGAGCUAUGCCCUUAUCGCACAUCGGAGAAUCCACACAGGAGAGACGCCCUACACAUGCUCUGAGUGUGGGAAAAGCUUUAAUCGGCACUCACAGCUUAUUACACAUCAUAGAAUCCACACAGGAGAGAAACCCUACACGUGCUCUGAAUGUGGGAAAUGCUUCAGUCGGAGGUCUGCCCUUAUCACACAUCGGAGAAUCCACACAGGAGAGAUGCCCUACACAUGCUCUGAAUGUGGGAAAAGCUUCAAUCAGAGCUCAAACCUUAUCACACAUCGUAGAAUCCACACAGGAGAGAUGCCUUUCACAUGCUCUGAGUGCGGGAAAAGCUUCAAACAGAGCUCUACCCUGAGCAGACAUCAGAGAAUCCACACAGGAGAGAGACCCUACACAUGCUCUGAGUGCGGGAAAAGCUUCAUUGAGCGCUCAGACCUUGUCAGACAUCGUAGAAUCCACAGUGGAGAGAGACCCUACACAUGCUCUGCGUGUGGGAAAAGCUUCAAUCAGCGGUCAUUCCCUAUUAGACAUCAGGAAAUCCACAUGGGAGAGAACUGUAAGAAAUGCCUGGACUAGGGCUGGCCAAAGAUUUGUUUUUAAAAGUAUUACAUUUACUAAUGUAUAGUGAUCUUUGCACCAUCUUCACCAUGGUCUCUCAGCUCCCCUAGAUGAGUUGCCUGCUUCUGCCUUUUGCAGCUCCCCCUUCUUUGGGGUCAGUCCUGUGAUCUUUUCUAUCAACUCCUUUCCUUUUUAGUCAUAAGAGUGUGUCCCCCUCCAGCCAGGAAUGUUCAUCAGCUCCAGAGAGAUGGUUUGAUCCCAACAAGCUACACUGAGGAAAAAACUACCUGUGCCUUACAUCCAAUAGGACUGUACAUGGCAUUGGCUGCUCAAGUUAGUGAUCUUGGUGUAAAAAGACAGUUAUAGUUGUAGAGCAGAUACAGCCCAGGAGCAGUGGUUGACAUUAGCUUUCCCCUUGGCCUGACCUAAACUCCCAUCACUUUUCCUAGUCUAAACAAACUCUGAGCAUCCCGGUUAUACUGUUCCCCCAUUUCAAAGCAAUUGUUAGUCAUCAAGUUUCCCCUUUGGGAACAAAUUGUUUCUUUCCCAAUUGCUCUGAUGUUACUUCAGGUUGUGCUGGAGAGCAGAUAUUUUUGCUACCAUUUUCCUCACUUAAAAUAUAUUGAACUAUAACAAAGAGCAGGAAUAGGGCAGGGAUAGGGAAAAAUGUCAUUUCACCCUCUGUAACAACAGAAGAAGAUAGGGUAAGUCAGAAGGAUUCCCCAUCACCAUCCCAAUCCUCUAUUGUUCAAUUGCUUAGGUCAAUAUUUUUUCUAAAGGGCUGGAAAGAGGAUUCCUUAGUAAAUGACAUGUAAAUAGGCAAAAUACUCAUACAUUUGGCUCCCACUGCGGUUCUGGCCCAGGCCCUGCAGGAGAUGGCUCUUGAAGAUAUCUCCUUCCUAAUCAGGUGCAUGUUGCCUAUUAUUUGGGAAAUACAAUCCCUUUUUAGGUAGAGAUGGGAAAAAUGGAAGUGACGUUUCUGUUCAGCUCACCCCUGGGAGAUGCUGCAAAUGUGUAGAAAAUAGAAUCCGUGUUGAAUGUGAUAGAGCUGCAGAAAGAUACCUAUUUUUAAUAGCUACCUGACGUUUAGUGUCUUACAGGGAUUCUAAAAUGCACCUGAAUUUAGUCUCUAAUUUUAAAUCUGUGCCACCAGAUUAAAGAAAUAAAAGGGCAUAUUUGGGGGAUUUAUACCUCAUUAUCGCGACUGAUACGUUGUGUGGUUGGUGAAGAAUUCUACCCCCGAGAAGUGUAAAAUUACUCCAAGUAAGGUCAAUGAUUUGACAAGAACUCAGGUAGAAAUUGCAGGUACAAGUGGUUGAUUUUCACCCAAAGAGAUGGACGCUGUGGUGACCUGUGGCCCAGGUAAACUGUUUUUAGAACGCUGCUCCCUAGUUAAGUGGCAUUGAUCACACUCCUAAAGAAUGCCAUGAUUAAAUUGGGAACAACUGUCUUUUACCAUUUGGAUCCAAAGUUAGAUGAAGCACAGAGAGAAACAGCCAAUUCCUUCAGAGCCAUUCCAUGCCUAUGGGUCCCAAUCUGGCUGCCUUGUUGGACAAGAAGCACUUCCAUGCUGGACAAAUGAUGGUAGCCAAUGAGGGAAUGUAUCAGAUUCCAAGUUCACAGGAUACUUGGAUGCUGAGUCCUGACUCUGUGGUUUUGUCUCUUAGUUUUGGUCUUGAGUCUUAUGCAUUUGUAUCAUUUCUCCGCCUCCUGCUACUUUGAAAGAUUAGAAAGUGUAAAAAUAGAGCACAGGUGGUUUUUCUCAUCAUGCAACUUUCCCACAUAGUGUGAGACCCCUUUCCACCCACACUUACGGGAGAAGACCCAGGGAGAAAUGAACUCACAGAAAUGGAAGGCUCCUAGGUUAUUAUAGAAUGUGACUUCACACAAAGCUCACUGGGUGGAAAUGGGAAUCAAGAGAAAACUGCCCUAUAGGUUUAUAUUUUGUAAUCUUUGAAUAAGUUGUUACCAGCAACAAUGAAAUUAAACAUGAAGUUAAUUAGUGUAAUGAAAGAGGCUGAUUCUGUGAUAACUUUCAGUGUUACAAUAUAAUUCAGCUUUUCUUCUAGUUCUCUCCCUGCCCCCUCCUACUAUAUAGGAAAUGGUGGCUAAUCCUGAAAUUAAAACCUCACUCCAAAGGAAUUAGAGUGGGGGAAUAUGUGAGAGAAAUAGCAUGUACGAGAACAGAGACCCAGUAUAGCUGUAAUUAUUUGUAUUUCAAAUGGAAUUUAUUUUGAUAAAUUUUAAAAUCUUCUGUUAAGAGGAAAAUUAUUUGAGACAAGAUGUGAACCUUUUAUUCAGUGAGAGGGGAACAGCCAGAGAGUUCCCCAGGUCCCUUCUCGCAAAUUAAAGGUGUCACAUCAGGCAGGAGAUAUCAAAAUCUAACAUGGUGAUGGAUGUGUGAUGGUAGCUUUUCUGGGUUGUUUUUUUGGUUUGGUUUGGUUUUUUAAUUUACUUUUUGUUUUGUUUUUGCAAUCAGUCAUUUUUAUACGUGCUGAGGCCCCUUUUCCUUUUGAUCACACCUGUUUAACCCCCAGGCCUGGCUCUGAAAACCUCCUCAGAACUGGCCUUGUGUUUCUUCAUGUUUGAUGUCUUUGGGGUUCACACACCCACACGACAUGCAGUUCACAGCAACAGAUACUAUGAGAAGCCUGCUGGGUUAAGUGGGCCUUUUCCAAACUGACAUUAGCCCAAAGUCUGCCUCAAUUCAGCUGGAUUGGAACAUGUCUGUAUCAAAGGAGUGGUUCACUCCUGAUUUUCCCAGAGACCUCGGGGGAGGUGUGGUAAGAUAGGAUAAGUAGGAAUUGACAACAAUGAAGUUAAAGGUAAGGGUGAGAGGGUCAACAAACCUGUUAUUUUCAUUCCCUCUGACACAUCUGUCACUGGUCAUUCUCAGGCAGCACGCUGGGCGAGAUGGACCAUUGGUCUGACCCUGUAUUACCAGUCUUUCAUUUUUAUGUUAACCAUCUACAGCUUGUCUACACUGGCAAGCUUCUGCACAGGAAAGCAGCUUUCUGUGGUGUAACGUCUGAGGUGUACGCACGGCCAAGCCACUUAGUGCACAGAAACUGCGCAGCUAUAGCGCUGUAAAAAACCCACCCCAACAAGUGUUGUACAGCUCUCUGCACCAGGGGUACAGCGCCGCGGGGUCGGUGUAGACACUCUGGUGGAUUACAGGGCUUGUGAUUGGCCUCCGGGAGGUGUCCCACAGUCCCUGUUCUCGCUUCUCUGGUCAUCAGUUUGAACUCUACUGCACUGCCCUCAGGUGACCGACCAUGAACCCCACCCUUAAAUUCCUUGGAAAUUUUGAAAGUCCCCUUCCUGUUUGCUCGGUGAUGCAUGCAGUGGUCUCAGCGCAUCUUUCCAGGUGACCAUGCCUGCUCCACGCACCAGGUGAUCCCUCCCCUUGGAGCAAUGCCAAGCUGCUGAACCUCAUCAGCAUUUGGGGAGAGGAGGUUUUCCACUCCCAGCUGUGCUCCAGAUGUGGAAAUUAUGAUACCUACAGACAGAUUUCACGAUGUAUGAGAGAAAAGGGCCAUGACCAGGACACACUGCAGUGCAGGGUCAAAGUGAAGGAGCUGCGGAACACCCACCACAAGGCAGAGGAAGCAAACUGCCACUCCAGUGCUGCACCCACAAGCUCCCACUUCUACAAAGAGCUGGGAGCGAUACUCACUGGUGAUCCCACCUCCACUGUGAAGGCCGCUGUGGAUACUUUGGUGGCUCAUAUGCCAGCCGGGAGGAGGAAAUCUUGGACGAGGAUGUGGAGGAGGACCCAGAGGCAGAGGACAACUCGGAGGUCAAAGAUGCAUGGAGCCCGGAGUUCUUCUCUACCCCGGAGGAGGCUAGCCAGUCACAGCAAUCAGAGUUGGGGAAGCACAAACAGAAGAGGAGGCCUUUGAUAUGACCUUGAGAGCCCAGUCUCCCUCUUUGUUAUUGACGGCUGUUCAGAAUUAGAAAGUGGCCAUGAAGAACUAAAGAGAAUUUUCUGCAUGAUAUCAUGAUGCACUCCAUGGCCGAAAGACAAGAAUUGAAGGAGUGUCGGGACAGCGAGAAGAGGGACUGAAAGGAGAAUGAGGUGCGCCAGAACAAAGCCACGUAUGGGCUCUUAAACGUUAUGGAGUGCCAAGCGGACACAGUCCAGGCGCUACUCGCACUGCCAACCAAGCAGCUCCAUGCCCACCCUCCCUUGCAGACACUAUUGCAAAACUCUUUCCCUUGCACCUCCCUGACACCGUCAACACACUCUUCUCAACCUCCUGCCUCCAGUCUGUACCUGCUGCAUUCCACCCCUGCCCCAUCACAGUCCAGCCCUGUGGACUCCCAGUACCCACUGCACUCCACACCCGUCCCUCUGCAGUUUAUUCGUGCUGAAGUACAGUACCCGCUGCACUGUACUGCAAAGGAUAAGGUUGCAUAUAAUACCUGGACAUACACAAAUCUUUAACCAUCCCGGGACCUCACCUCCUCAUGGGACCGUCCCUUCCCCCAUCCCCCACAGUGCUGAUUCAUUUUUCUUUUUUGUUUGUUUGUCUCUCUCCUCUGGUGGUUGCUUUUUAAUAAAAGAAUAGUUUUGGUUUGAAA